AGAGAGAGAGAGAGAGAGGGUAUAUGCAUCUAUUGUAGAAGAGAGCAGCACUGUGGGUUCUCCAAAGCUAUAGAUACCCUUUUCUCUCUUUCUCUUUAGCCAGUUUUGAAACUUGAAGAGGUUAAAAGUAAAACCAUUUUUUAUUGCUCACUCUAUGGUUUAAAUAUUCUGUCUUUAAUGUCAAUCUCACUUUUGAAGAAGACCCAUUAUCAUCUUCAACUUCUCUUCCCUUAUUUCAAUCAAAUUUCUCUGCUUUGCUCCUCUUUGCAUGUUGAUCCCAAGUUGCAUUGUUGAGGUAAGGUCAUUUUUUCUUACGGUUUUUUAUUAUGUUUUUGAACUAUUUGAUUGAAAUGUGGGAAUUUGAAUGUGGGUUUUGGAGGUAAUUGAUUUGGCGUUUGGUGAUCUGUGUAAAUUUUGGGUCUUUUGGAUUCUGGCUUUUGGCUAUUUGUGCUUAUCUGAGUUUUCAGAUUUGUGAAUUCUGGAUAUAAGUUGAUGGGUUCCCUUCUCUAAUUUAUUUUUCUUUUUUGUGCUGUUUUAUCCUCUUUUGAUUCAAUGCAUGGGGUUUUAUGCUAUAUCUGCGGCACUUCAUUCUUUCUCUCAUUGAUUUCAUAAGAUGUGUAAAAUUCUAGUGCCCUUAUAAUGAGAUCUCCAGAUGACAUAUUAGAUUAUGGAUAUCAGUUCUAGUGCUUUUCUGUUAGGAGAAUUCGGUACGAUUUACUGGUAUUUUCGAGGCAGAAAUCAAGAGUAGCUGCUGUUUUUUGCGUGGCAGAUUUUUGCCUUUUAUUUGAGUUUUUAAGGUCUUGGAAAGCAGAGUUGAGAGCUCAAUACUUUAUGCACGCCCUGAAGUUUGUUUUAGAAGAAUCCAUUUAGUUGUGAGUCUGACACUUAUUAUCUGGCUUUAUAUAUUGUUGUGGCAUAAGUAGAAUGGUUCCUUUUGUGAAAUGGGAUUUUGCUUAGGACACACAAGUGAAUGAAGAAUGACUUAGAUUUAAUUUGAUGUCAACCUUACCUUCUCUGUCUUCAAUAAUAGAUGACCCUACUAAUCUAUAGAAGCGAAGCUUGUAAAGACAUGGAGAAAUACAAAGAACUAAGUUUGUUUCAUAUCAAACCAUUUUUGAGGGAACUGUUCGUAUUAGCCAUGUUCAAGUGUAGAGUAAUGGACUUGCAAAAGCCACUUUGGAUGAAAGUUUUCAUGUUCUGCUACCAGAAGUGUCUUACACAGAAAGAAAAGGAAACGUUGACAUUUGCUGAUCAUUUUAGUUGAUUUGGAGGGAGUGUGGGAGGAUGCUUCCUUAUGCAGGUUGAAGGUUUUGCAUUGGUGGGAUAGAAAAAAUUCUUGAUCUCUCUCUCUCCCUUAUCUGCGAGCUUUAGCUAAGUAAAUUGUAAAUAGUUGUAAGUUAGCUUGAUAGUUUUUGUCUUCCUUGGGAUACUUGUAGUAUAAGGGAAGAGGUGCCCCUCUUUUGGGACUGGAGCUAACAUACUUUUGCAUUAUUUAUAAAAGAAAGAAACCAUUGGAGUUUAUCAAGGUUUCAUCUAAAUCACCUUUGACAGAUUGUUGUUUUCUCAUUUUAAUUUAGUACACAAAAAGAGAGAAUUCAACUAGUUAGUAUGAUGUGGCAUAUAAGCAGAGGGUAGCAGGGUAAGGUAGAGGGUAGUAUACUACAUACAGUCUACAGGUAUAAUUAUUGUCACCUGGAGCAGUUGGUAGCACUGUUUCAUUUUCCAAGGGCUGGCCUACUGUUAUAUAAGUUGGAUUACUCAAUUAUACCAGUGUUGAAGCUAAAACUGUAGCUUUUGUUGCUCUGCAAAGGUUCCUUCGUUUUUUUCCAACAAGAGAAUGAAAUCCAGACAGCUGCAAUUAUGGAUAGCAUGAACUUGGUAUAUGACAUGGGUUUUCCCUUUCCAAUGAACCAUGAAUGCUGAAUGGAGAUGGCGGUUUAUGUAUCUUUUAAAUUUUAAUGGAUGGUUGCAUUUGGCUUGAGAGCAUAUGCGUGGAAAAGUUUGGAGAAUCUAGAAGUUUGGUCAGGCUGUAGUGAUGACCAGUUCAGCAAUUGAUGAUUUUCGGGGUGAUGGCUUUGAGGGGUCACAUCAAGAGCGCUGUAUUUUUGCAGAUAUUUUCUUUGGCAAAGAUACUGGUGGGACAGGUAAGAGGAGUAUUGAUGCUGGAGUUAUUAAUUUAAAGAGCCAGGACUGUAAGAUUGCAGAUCCUUCGCUGCAUACUAACAAUGAAUACUCAGCUGUCAGUACUCUUUCUUCUCCUAUAAGUUUGUCAAUCGAGGAUUCUGAUGUGAAUGAGAAUUCUGUAGGGGCUACUGCUUCAGGCUGUUUUACAGAAAGAUUUACCUUUGUGGAGGGCACUAGCCAGAAUAAGACUGUCAAGCGAAUGAAGUUUGCAGUUGAUGAACCUUCGGACACUGAACCUGAUACAUUGAAAGUUCUGACUUCAUCCUUACUGCAUAAAGAGAUUGUUAGUGGUACAGCUGCUGCAGAUAUGGAUUCACUGAGCCAAACAGUACUAUUACAUUUAGUCGAAUCAUCCUCUCAGGGUGUUGUAUCCACCAGCUAUCUGUUAAAGCAACAUGCAAAAAUAGACAGAAAAGGUGAUGCACGCGAGCCAGAUGUUCUGAAGUGCAGUUUGCCAAACUCAGAUGGUGUUGCUGGCAAAGCUAUUGCUUCACCUGUUUCCCAAGAGAGCUAUGCAACAAGGAUAUUGCUUGCAAGACCUGUAGAUGUUGUUGGGAAACCUGGAUCCCCUUUAAAUGCAGAGGAAAGAGCGAAGGCAUUCAAUUCGCCAGGAUUGGAUGUCUCCAUUAUCUCGAAGACAGAUUCUAAGAUGGAUCCUCGUCCUUUUCUCCAAAGUCAUAUCACCCGCUUACUUUCAGCUUUGGGUUGGUGUAUUGGAAAGCGCAAGAGACCCAGUCGAAAAUAUAUGGAGUCUAUUUAUCAAUCACCUGAGGGGAGAUUAAUUCGUGAUUUCCCUAAAGUGUGGAGGCUGUGUGGUCAAAUUUUGUUCGCAAAUGGAUACAAGGUGGUGCAGGAAGGCAAUGGUAAGGAAUGGGCUGAUAUAAGUCACUUUUGGUCUGAUCUCUCAGAUACAUUGACUACUAUUGAGAAAGACAUGGAUAAAUCAGAUCUUGCCAAAGCCUUGGCACAUCAGUGGAGUAUUUUAGAUCCCUUUGUUAAUGUUGUGUUCAUUGAUCGGAAGGUUGGCGUACUGAGAAAGGGAUGUAUGGUUAAAGCUGCACCAAGCUUAGUGAAUGAUAGAAAUGUGAAAAGUGAAGAUGGCAUUGGAAAGGAGUCUGCUCAGAAAAAUUUGUUGGCUUGGCAUAGUGAUUCUUGUCCGGUCACUAAAAGUGCAUCAACAAUUUGUGAAGGAAGCUGCCAUGACUGUGAUGUACAAUCUGGCAACAGGACUUUCUCGGAAUGCGGACAAGAAUCAAUGGUGAAAGGUCAGAUGGAUGUAUCUAUUCAUAUGAAUGACAGAGAAGGCAUGUGUUCUGAUGGGAUGGGAAAUCAAUCUUGCAGCAUGUGUAAGGACAGGAUAGGCGGUGUGGAUAUGACUGACUGGCUAACUUGUGGGACAGAUUGCACUUCUGCCCAGUUGUGUAGUUGCCAAUGUAAUGAUUUUCCUGUUACUGCUGGGAACAUUAUAGUGCAUGGGGCGUCUGAAUCUGUUUCCCCUCAUCAAGACAGCAACUUGGUUGAUCCAGAUGAUGGCACUGGUCAUAUGGACUCCAUCCACCAUGAUGAGCCAACUUCUGCCCAAGUUGUGACUUCAGGAGUUUUGCAGCAAUCCAGAUUCAGUGAAGAGGAGGGAUUACAGUGCAUUCAAGCUUCGAGGUUCAAAACAAGGGAUAAAGCAGCUAUGAAAAAGAUACGUAGAAAGUCCAGAAAAAUAUCAGAAAUCAGAUCAACCACAUUAAGCCAAAGUGAAAAUAUUGAUGUGCUUGGCAAUCCAUUAGAGUCAAACAAAGUUGAAGAGAAGCUUAUCAAAAGAACUAAAAAGAUCUGCAUGAAGUCCUCCCCUUUGGAUAAUUGCCUACAUCAGGGGGUGAAAAAUGGUACAAAAUUAAAGAGUACGCAUGGCAAUAGUUAUGGUCCCAAAUACAAACAAAAGAAAACAACCGGCUGCCAAAUUGAUGAUGAUGAUUUGUUGAUUGCAGCCAUUAUCAAGAACAAAGAUUUUAGCCCAGGUGCCACCAGAUCUAUUUCUAAAAAGAAAUCCUGCAUAUUAAGAGCUGGCUCAAAGCGCAAACGGAAAAAGGGCGGCUGCAGGCUACUCCCAAGAAAUCUGGGCAAACUGGGAAAGCAUUAUGUGGGUGGUAAGUGGUCAAGAAUGGGAUCUAGGACGGUUUUGUCAUGGUUGAUAGAUGCUGGGGUCUUGUCUGUAAAAGAUGUAGUCCAGUACCGAAAUCUAAAAGACGAUUUUGUGAUUAAAGAUGGUGUGGUUACCAAGGAUGGCAUCAUGUGUAAGUGCUGCAAUAUGGUGCUUUCGGUUACCAAGUUUAAGAGUCAUGCUGGGUUCAAGCUUAACCGACCAUGUUCAAACCUUUUCAUGGAAUCUGGAAAGCCUUUUACUUUAUGUCAGCUGCAAGCAUGGUCUGCUGAAUAUAAGAGCAGGAAAAGUGGUACCCAAGUGGUUCGUGCUGAUGAAGAUGAUAAGAAUGAUGAUUCAUGUGGGCUGUGCGGUGAUGGUGGGGAGUUGAUAUGCUGUGAUAAUUGCCCCUCUACUUUUCAUCAAGCUUGCUUGUGUACAGAGGAUCUUCCUGAAGGCAGUUGGUAUUGCCCGAAUUGCACCUGUUGGAUAUGUGGGGAUCUGGUCAAUGAUAAAGAGGCUUCAAGUUCUGUUGGUGCUUAUAAAUGUUUGCAGUGUGAGCACAAAUAUCAUGGGGCAUGCCAACAAGGAAAACAAACACAUGAAGGACUGGUUUCUGAUGCUUGGUUUUGUAGUGGAAGCUGUCAAGAGGUGUACUCUGGUCUUCAUUCUCGUGUUGGGAUCAAUAAUCCAAUAGCUGAUGGCUUUUGUUGGACUCUUCUCAGAUGCAUUCAUGAAGAUCAAAAGGUUCUUUCUGCUCAAAGACUUGCCCUCAAGGCAGAAUGCAACUCAAAAUUAGCUGUUGCUCUUACCAUUAUGGAGGAAUGCUUUCAAUCUAUGGUAGACCCAAGAACAGGCAUAGACAUGAUACCCCAUGCUUUAUACAAUUGGGGGUCAGAUUUUGCUCGUCUAAAUUUCUUUGGGUUUUACACUGUGGUGUUGGAGAAAGAUGAUGUGCUUGUAUCUGCAGCAUCUGUCAGGGUGCAUGGAGUAACAGUUGCAGAGAUGCCCCUCAUUGCAACUUGCAGUAACUACCGCCGUCAGGGGAUGUGUCGACACCUUAUGACUGCUAUUGAAGAGAUGCUAAUUUCCUUCAAGGUGGAAAAGCUUGUUAUAUCCGCCAUCCCAGAUUUAGUUGAGACAUGGACUAAGGGUUUUGGCUUCAUACCGGUGAGUAAAGAUGAAAAGCAAAGUCUGAACAAGAUAAACUUCAUGGUGUUCCCUGGAACAAUAUUGUUGAAAAAACAGUUGUACAAAACAAAAGAAGCAGACACACAAUCAGGCUUGGGUGAUGCAGCACCUUUAACUGAAGUAGAUAUUUGCCCCAUGGAGGAUCAUGUCACUGAGUUGGUGCAGCAAUCCAAUGAGAACAGCUACCUUGAUGAAGUUGGUAUCUCAGCAGAGCUCGAACAUGGUGAAAGCCAGAAUUUGCAAGAAUCUGAACCUAGCAGUGAAAGGCAAGGUAACUACCUUGAUGAAGUUGGUAUCUCAGCAGAGCUCAAACAUGUUGAAAGCCAGAAAUUGCAAGAAUCUGAACCAAGCAGUGAAGGGGAAACUCAUGAUGGUGCUGAGGGACUAGGACGAGCACCACGCAUGGUAACUAACCUUUCGUCUGAAGUAGGACUCUGUUCUGAUGGAAUGCCCUUUGUCGAGUCUGACAGAAAAUUUUUCCCUAACAAACAUGCUGCUAAAAAGGAAGACAAGAAGACGGAAACCCAAGGUAGUGAUUUGCAGGAACAACUUUCAAAGCUGUCCCGUGGAGACUUAGUUCCAGCCCUAGGACGAGGCCCAGGUGAAGUGGCCUGUAAUGUUCAAUGUAUUAGUUAUGUUCCUUCUCCGGACACACCAUCACAGCAAGUCUGUGAGUUAAAUGAGAAAUAGAAACAAAAUUGUAAACUAUUAA